AAGCUCUUGGUCUUGGUCUUCGUCUAGGUCUCUGCUCGUCGCAACCCUCAACACAGCUCUUGCAGCAAAUCUGAGGAAGCAAGAAAAGUAUUGUGGCUCGCUUUUUUUUCCUUGUACAAGUAGGAGAAUAUAUGAAUUUUGAUUAUUUCAACCGAUCAGUGAACGAAGUUGGUACUGAUCAGAGUUAUAAAAGUAUUGAUCUUGAUGGGGACUUCUGUUAAUAACGGAGAACCUGUCAUGGACACAAAUGACUGGGGAACUCAAUUGUCAUCUGAUUCACGACAGAAGAUCGUCAACAAGAUACUGGAAACACUAAAAAAGCACCUUCCAUUUUCUGAACCAGAAGGAAUUAACGAACUCAAGAGAAUUGCUGCCAGGUUCGAGGAGAAAGUAUUCAGCAGUGCUGUUCACCAGACUGAUUACCUCAGGAAAAUAUCCUUGAAGAUGCUGAUUAUGGAGACUAAAGAUCAGAACACAGCUGGUUCCUCUUCUUCUAUCCCUGCUGAUAGUAACAACCCAGCCUUGGAUGAACUCGACAGUCUCAUGAUCAAUGUAGAGCGUUUUCUCCUGAACGAAGAACCUGCCAUGAGCUCAGGUGACUGGAGAGCUCAACUGCCACCGGAUUCACGCCAGAAGAAUGUUGACAAGUUAAUGGAAACUCUGGAGAAACAUGUUCCGUAUUUAGAGCAAGAAGGAAUUGAGGAGGUCAGGAGAAUUGCUAUCAGCUUCGAGGAGUUAAUUUUCAACACUGCUUUAAACCAGGUGGAUUACUUUCGCAAAAUAUCCUUAAAGAUGCAGACUAUGGAAGAGGACAACUAAGUAAAAUUGCGUUGAAGGGGAGCAUUUGGAACUUUCAGGCGAUUCCAUAUAAUAUGUAUUGAUAAUAUUAAGAACGGAGCUUGAAAGCCUCCAAAGUUAAAAGACAUGAAUAAAAGAAUGUUAAUUCCGUUUGUAUAAUCGCCGAUGAAAAAUUUCUUGCGGAGGAAGCCUCGCCAUGCUCUCACUCAUGUUAAGUAAGGCUUGUAGUCCUCUUCGGGUUUGUAUGUAUGUAUGCUAUUUGCUUAUGCAAAAGCAUUUAAUUACCUGUCCAGUGUUCACAUACAAUAUUUUGUUAAAUGCUCUAUUAAGCGUUAUUCUAGCCUUUUAAUUUUUCUUUCA